UGGCUGUAAAUAUAAAAAAGGAGAGAAAAAUUUGAGUGUAGUACAGAACAGGAGGUUUGGUUUGUUAGGAUAUUUGGUAAAUGUGUCAGUAAUAAAAAGAAGAAAGAGAUAUCAUCAAAGGAGAAGAUAGAUAAUUGGAUAACUUGGGUUUCAAGAGAAGAACAUCUUCUUCUUCUUCCUCAUCCUUGUUUGAUGUAUAAUGGAAGAUUAAAAUAAGGCAUUAUUAUUUCAAGAAAAGCAAAAGGGAGAAGAGAUUAGGUUUUCUUUUCUUUUGGCAGAGCAAUAAUAAUUUACUAAACAAGAGCAGUUGAGAGAGGAGUAGUUAGUCUGUCAUCUUAAAAAAGAAAAAAGGAUAUCAUUCAUACAAUUUACUUGGGCAGGACAGUUUUCACAUAAAUGUGAUUCAUCUUAGGGUUUUGGAAUAUAUAAGCAAGGUUUUGGAGUGUUUUGUACUUGGGUUAGAUUGUAUGCCUGCUGUCCUGGAUUUUGUCUUUCCUUUCUUUUCAGUCUCUAGAGAUAUGUUGCAGCUUAAUUGGUUUCUUUUGCUUUAGUCUUCAGUUGGCUAUAAAGCUGCCAGGGUUUUAUUUGUUUGUUCCUUGUAGAGUCUUGCAAGCAAUGAACAUCUACUUUCAGUCAAACUAUCUUUGGCUGGCUUUUAGUUACUAGAUAUCUCCAUCUGUUCUUCUUAAAGUUUGAUUGUAGAUUUAGGGAUUCUUGUUGGUCUACUGAAUUGAGUGCUAAAAGAGUUCAAACUGUUAGUUUGGUACUAUACUACAAUGGGCAUGAAUGGUAAUGGUGAUUUGGAAUUUCAACAGAGACUAGGGAUGUAUACAAAUUUGAUCUCUCCAUCUUCAGGGAUGUGUACAAAUUUGCAGACUGAGAAGGUUGUGGAAGAGAUGUCAAUGAACCAAAUUUCCAUUUCUAAAUCUACACAUGAAGUAGACUCAUUCUUUCAUACUGGUUGGAACCCACUUGUUACACUGCCGCAAACCAUGGAAUUCAAAGGUUCUUUGCUGGAUUCUCAUCAUCAGAUUGGUAUUCCUUCACUGAAUGUUGAUUUACUAGAAAAUCAAAGAAUCGGCAACUCGCCUCACCUUGUUCUCUAUCCAUCUGAUCCCAAUCUUGUUGGACUUGAACCUAAACUUCCAAGCUUUGGAAGUGGGAGCUUCAUAGAGAUGCUUGCUCCGUUCUGCAUUCCUGAAUCUCACCAGCUUGUUCAUGCUGAUUCCCUCCCUGGUUAUCCCUCAAACAAGGUAAACACUGUGAAUCCUACUUCAACUUCUGGGAAGGUAGCUGAUCAUGGUGUAAUCUUUCAAGAAGAAGUGCCAGUUGCAAAUGACUGUGGUAGAAAACCGCUCUACAAUGGAAAGAAACGAAAAAGGGUAAUGGAUAAUCCCACUGGGGACACCCAUUCUCAACUUAAUUCAACUCAGAGUAUGGAGACUGAGCAACAAAUGGUUACUCCAAUUGAAACAAGUGAGGAUCUGAAAGGGCAAAAUGAGAGAAAGCAGAGAAAUAAGCAAAACCCAUCUUCAGAACCUAAAGACAGUUCACAAAAUGAGGAAGCUCUAAAAGAAGAUUACGUUCAUGUAAGGGCAAGACGAGGCCAGGCAACCAAUAGCCAUAGCCUUGCUGAAAGAGUGAGAAGGGAGAAGAUAAGUGAAAGGAUGAAGCUGCUUCAAGACCUUGUACCAGGCUGCGAUAAGGUUACGGGUAAAGCACUUAUGCUUGAUGAGAUAAUUAACUAUGUGCAGUCACUGCAAAGGCAAGUUGAGUUUUUGUCAAUGAAACUUGCCACUGUUAAUCCUGACAUCAACGCCGAUAUAGAACGGAUUAUGUCCAAAGAUAUUCUUCAUUCACGCGCUGGGGGUUCAGCUAUUCUUGGUUUUGCUCCUGGAGUGAACUCAUCUCACUCUCAAGCUAUGCCCCAUCUCUUCCAUCAAGCUAUGCUGCCUAUGCAAAGUACUGAUGUCCUUCCCCUCUCUGCUCCCCAGAUGUCAAGUGUAUGGGUCAAUGAUGAUGAGCUUCAAAGUGUUCUGCAAAUGGGUUCAACGAAAGUAGAGAUAUAAAAAUCUGAGGGAUAAACCUAUAAAGUAGUUUAUCCCUUAUAACAGGAAGCUUUCAGAAGUUAUCAGCUAAUCAGCUACAUAUUCGAUUACCUGGGGAAUUUAUUAGAGUUGUAUAGUUGAAGAAGAGUCCUAACCGUUUGUUCUUCGAAUUUUAGUAGAAGAAAGUAACAACAGUGUAUAGUCAAAGACAGCAUAAUAGAGAUGACUUUGAUUUUCGAGAGAAGUAAUUGUUUUUCUGUUCUUUGUAUGUUUGUGUAUAAGUUAUAAUAUUAGUAUAGAAUAGAGAGUGUGUAUUUUGAUAUAACCUUUAUGAGAGAAUUUGGUCGAAAAUUGUAAUUUAAAGGUUUGCUUUGUAGAUUUGGUCGAAAAUUGUAAGUAAGAACUUAAACGGUUUCAAAUAUUUUACUUGAGUUUGUGGAAUG